UCUCACACACACACAAUCUCAGAGGUUGAUUAAUUUCCAUGGAGCUCAAAUCCACCGUCUCCGCCGUCUUCCUCCUCCUGCUCCUCCUCGCCACCCCUCGCAUCUCUAGAGGGAGCUCGGCUACCCCGGCUACGGAGGUGCAUCCUAUUGAUACGGAGGUGUAUCCUAUUGAUACGGAGUUUACUUGCUUGAUUUGACUUUUAGAAAUCCUUUUAAAUUUAGAUUACAUUGUACUGGGGAUAUACGAUUUCAUCAACUUGUGAAAGAGGAAAUCAAACACUGGUAUUACCAAUGGUCCUAGCACAUUUGAGUUAUGCAAAAUAAGUUUUGCCAUUUAAAUAUGUGUUAAUUUUCUUUGUUUCCACCAUCGUUUUCUAAAUUUACACAUUCAUUGCUGGUCAAAAUAGAAAUGGAAAAGUUUAUAAUUUUGAGGUCGUGCUGUUAUGGUGGGAUAAGAACUUGGUAGUUAGUUGAUUGCUCUUUAUUUUUAUGAUAUUGCGGGGAUAAGAAGGGCGACUGUGGGGAGGGAAAGUAGGCUACAAUUAGAAUUAAUAAUCCAAGAGGCUAUUUACAAGAGAGCUUUUCAAGGCUUAUUCAUGCUGAGAAUUCUUUGCUUAACAGGGCAGCUGUGAGGCUCUUAAUAGGUCGUGUGGCUGCUGUGGGAGCUGUUUGGAAGAUGAGAUGCAACGUGAACUGUGUGAAUCAGCCUGUGAUGCUGCAACCCAUGUCUUCUGCCAUCCAUGUGCUCUUUGCCAGGAAGGACGUGAGAUUCGUCGAAGGAUGCCUCAUCCUGGGUUUAAUACUCGGCCUCUUCUGGUCAUGAUCCCCCCUGGGGAACAGACCAUGGGCCGCGGAGUCUGAUUCUGCCCCUUGCCCGCUUCUUGAUGGGUUGCUCUAUCCUCUCUGCAUUCUUAUCCUGUAGAGUGAUGUCGACUAUUUCUCCCAUGACAAAGAUGUAAAACUUUAUCCUAUCAUCUAUACUUACUAUCAGAGAGUGAAUGCAUUGUGUGGUCAAUCAUAAAAAUAUGACACGAUAAAGAUGUCUAUCUUACGUACAUUGUGUUUGUAAAUGAAUAUGAUAUGCUUAU